AUGGCUUCGCAAGGCAGUGGUGGCAGUUCGGAUUCUUCAAUGACAAUUCCAGAACAUUCUGCGAGUACUGGUAAUAGUCCUCGGUAUCAAUUUAACCGGCAAGCUCGUCCAUACAAUACAAUAGACGAUGAAGAGGUGAAAGGUGAUCAAUACAAUCGCCCGUGGGACGGCAGAACCAUACAUGCAAACCGUUCCGCUCAGGCACGGUCGGCGGGCACACUGUCGGGGAGUGUACGUGAGGAUAAAAAGGAAAAGAAUAAGGGACUGAGCCGGUCAAAUACAACAGGAAGCAGAAGUACUAAAUUGUAAACCAAAUGUCGCACAUGCACAGAAGACAAUAUUGUAUUAUUAGGACAAGGAUGCAUAUAGCUGCUCAACAUCUGUACAGACUAAUUUUAUUUACACCACACAGGAGACUUACUUUUAAAAAUAGUUUUGUUUUGAAAGGAGCAAAUCUACUGCAAACUGUAAUGUUGAAUCUUAUUCAUCUUUUAUUUCUGUAUUUGAUCUGUUUUGUAAAUUAUUAUAACUUAAUGUAAACCUGGCACAAUC